AUGGAGGAGCCCAUAGCCGAGCCCAAAGAGGCUCUGUGGAGCCGGGACAAUGCCAGCCUGGCCGACUUCGAUGGUUACGCGGGCAGGCUCUUCGCCCAAGCCCUGGACCUGGUCCAAGCUGCUGGGCGCAGCCGCCGCGCUGCAGAAAGCGGUUCCUCAACAGUUGCGAGACAGCGGGCGCAGCGAGCACAACACGAGCGAGAUGCAGUGCUACGUUGGGCAGAGGAAGCCACCACGCGGAUCAACACACUGACAGAGCGUUUCCAGCGAGGUUGGGCUCACAUGGAGAAGCAGCAAGUGGAGAAGAGGCAGCUGGAGGCGAGCUGUGAGCUGCUGCGCAGCCAGCUGAAAGCUGCAGAAAUGGAGGGCGUGGCCUUGCGCGCUGAUGCAGAGGCUCAGCGACUCUCGAGAUCAACGCCAGAGCCGAAUGUGUCGUCUCCUCGCAGAGGUCCCGUGACCUGGGCCAAAGAGGUCGCCUGGGCUCGAGGCCUUGCGGAGGACUGCCGCAGUGGUGCCUUCCAUCCACCGCAAGCUCGGCGGAAAAGGCCUUGCGGGAGGUGCGCUCGGCUUCAGCGCCGGCUCUGGACGCUCCGGCGGAGCGUGCGGCACGCGCGCGACCUGACACAGCAGCGCCUGGCCGUCGUGCUAGCUGCCGCCAGGCAGGAUGGGGAGAUGUUGGAGUCGGCCGUGCGCGUGGCCCGCCGACGCACACUGCAAGUGAUUGAGCUUCAGCUUGGCCGCGCUUUGGGUGCAGCAUUCGCCGCUUGGGCCUGGGCCUCCACCCGUCGCCCGGAGGCCAGGCAAACAACUCUUUCUGCUCCAAUUGGAGCUCUUCGCACAGCGGCAUCGAUGUUGUCGCCCAGCAGCAGCGAGGCGCCACUGAGCUUUCGCUCCUGCGUCUCGCCAGGCACCCUCCGCAGCCGUGGGAGAAGCCCUGAGCAGUCACCCAAAGGCUGCGAAGGUAGCUGCGCACACAGCGGAAGGGGAAUGACGGCCGCGAUUGGUGACCUGCACUGCGUGACCUGUGAGCCGAGUGCUUCGCCAGGAAGUCUAGCCCUUCGUGCAAGACUCAGGCCACAAGGCGAGCAUGGAGAGCAUGGCUCGAUCCGUGAGCUCUCGCGCAAUCGGCUCAUAGCCCUCAUCACGCUCUAUGCGCAGGGUGCAGAUGUGGCAGCGAUACGCUCUGCGUUCCAGGAUUGGUGCACAGCCACGCAGCAGCGCAGAAGAAGCACGGCAAGGCUAGUUGGCCACUACGAGCGGCUUAGCAAAGAUCGAUCAAGAAGCACAGAUCAAGCGCACUCUUCAGAGUCUCCAAAGCAUGAGCGGCAAAGAAUGCACAGUGCUUUGAAGACAAAGACGCAGACCGCUUGCCUUGCUUGA